AUGGCGUUGGUCGAUUCUAACUAUCGUUUUGUAUGGGGCAGUUGUGGGUUCCCGGGAAACUCCCACGAUUCCAUCAUUUUCCAGUCUACAAACCUUUCGAACUCAAUCCAACAGGGCAUGUUACCUAGUGUAGGAAAACUUGUUGGUAAGGUAAACAUUCCACCCCUAAUAAUAGCGGACUCUGCAUUUCCACUACAUACCUGGCUAAUGAAGCCUUAUACAGAUGCCGUGUUAACUCCUCAACAAAAAUACUUUAACUACAGAUUAAGCAGAGCCCGAAUGGUUAUCGAGUGUGCAUAUGGCCACCUAAAGGGCCGAUGGAGAGUGCUGCUUAGGAAAAGCGAAAGCAGCAAAGAGCAAGUUCGCAUGACUGCGCUUGCAUGCAUGGUACUUCACAAUGUUUGUAUAAUGCAAGGUGACGCUAUUUCAAAAAAGCUUGAUCUAACAAUCGAACCUGAAAGCAACGAAAAAAGAGACAGAGCAGAAGUUAGAAAACUGUUGCAAAUGAGAGAAUGCAAAAGCAUACGUGAUGUUUCAAAAGAGGCAAAUAGCAUCAGAAAUGCACUUACCAUUAAACUAUGGACAGAAAAGGAAACUGGCAUAGUUUCUUGA